AUGGAGAGGAACAGUUUUAGUAACAACUUGAAAGACCAUAGUAUUGGCAAUAAAGCGAUUGAAGACAGUAGUAGCAACAACAACAACAACAACAACAACAACAACCAGACCAACUACAAGUUUAUGGAUUCAAAUUCAUCAUGGAGCAGUAAUAAUCAAGGUUUUGGGGAAGAUUAUCUAGCUGGGUUUUCAUGGCCACCAAGAUCUUACACGUGCAGAUUCUGCAAGAGAGAAUUUAGAUCUGCUCAAGCUCUGGGUGGUCACAUGAAUGUUCACAGAAGAGACAGAGCCAGGUUAAGACAACAUUCACCUCCAAGGGAUCAUGGUCAGCCCCCUUUUCUGAAUCUUAACCUUAAACCUAACCCUAAUUUCUCUUCUUCAUCCUUGGUUUCUUCUCCAUUCUCUUCCAAAGUACCUUCCCGGCUGGUUUCUCCUCCUCUUUCUUCUUUCUCUUCACCAUCUUCUGCUUUCCCUUGUGAAAUGAAGAAAUGGCGAGUGAAUGGUAGCCUCAUCGAUCCUUUGAGAUCAAAAGGCUCGGAUUCAACCAACGUGAAGCGUGCAAAAUCAUUAUUUGGGGUCAAAGAAUUCAAAGAUUAUGGGUGUAAUAAUAACUUCCUGAAGAAGAAGACUGAGUUUGUAACCUUGGACUUGGAGAUCGGUCUGGUUAGUGAUUCCAAGGAAGAUUUGGAUUUGGAACUUCGAUUGGGAUACUCUUAAUUAGAUGAAUUUGUUGCAGCUUUAUCAACUAAUAGUCAAAGACUGGGUGGUUUUCAGUUUUUCAAUUUGGCAUAUUGAUCACCAGAGACCAGUGUCUGAUCAUUUAUAAGCUGCCUUUAUUUUCCAUGCACCGGGAAAUCAACUCAAUCAUGAAACUGCAAAUAUUGCAUAAAUAUAUCUAUCAGUUGCUUAAAUGUAAGAAUGUUAUAGCUGAAUGUAUUAGUCUGUCAUCACUCUCAUCAUCCCAUCACCUUUCCACCACAGUAAGAAUUAAUCUACCAUGUAGUAGUAUAAAUUAACUAUAUGUAUUAUCAUCAUUAUUUUUUAUUUUACUUGGUUUAAUUAGAGUAGAGGGUGAUUU